UGGGGAGAGCAGCGGCACCGGGAGCCGGGCGGGAGCACGACACCGUUCGUGGGGCGGCGGGUCCCUGCGGGUUCCCUUGGGAAGAACCGAGCCCUCCGUGUCCCCCGGGAGAGGGGCGGGAGGGACCGGCCCGUGUCCGUACCCGCGGUUCGCUGCCGUGUCCGGGGCGGGGGGAGGAGGGACGGGCUCCGGCGAGCCCCGGGCUGCCCGGUCCCAGCCGGUCCGUCCCGCAGCAGCGCGGCCAUGGCCAACCACCUGCGCUUCGUGGGCCGCACGGUGAUGGUGCAGAACGGAAACGUGGAGGCGGCGUACGGCGUCCUGAACCGGAUCCUGGCGCAGGACGGCGUGGCCGAGGCGGUGCGGCGCUCCCGUUACUACGAGCAGCCGAGCCGGGCGCGGCGGCGGCGGGCGUUCGAGGCGUGCCGGCGGGUGUACUGCGCCGAGAUGGCGCGCAGGAUCGCCUUCCUGGCGCGGAGCGCCCGCCAGGACCCGUGGCCGGGCUGCUGAGGAGCGGCGGGCCCCAAUAAAGACUCUCGCUCCCGUUAA